CCACGUUGGCCCGGACGUGGCAGUAACAGUAGUGAGUCCUCCAUCAGUCCUCCUGGAACCGGAUCAGACUCUCACACGUCUCCUCCGCUGAGGCUCGACAGCACCGCUUCUCUUCAUAUACAACAGAGUCAAACACUAUCGGCCAGUUAUGGGGCUCACCAUCUCGUCCCUCUUCGAGCGGAUGUUUGGCAAGAAGCAGAUGAGGAUUUUAAUGGUUGGGUUGGAUGCUGCCGGAAAAACAACUAUCUUGUACAAAUUGAAGCUUGGUGAAAUUGUGACCACCAUCCCAACCAUUGGUUUCAAUGUUGAGACAGUAGAAUAUAAAAAUAUCAGCUUCACUGUAUGGGAUGUUGGCGGUCAGGACAAGAUCAGACCCCUCUGGAGACAUUACUUCCAGAACACACAGGGCCUCAUCUUUGUGGUGGACAGCAAUGACAGAGAAAGAGUGGCAGAGUCUGCAGAAGAGCUCAGGAAGAUGUUGGGUGAGGAGGAGUUGAAAGACGCUGUUUUGCUGGUGUUUGCUAACAAACAGGACCUUCCCAAUGCCUUAACAGUCCACGAUCUCACAGAAAAACUCGGCCUACAAUCCCUCCGCAACAAAAAUUGGCACAUUCAGUCAACCUGCGCCACCCAGGGCAGUGGGCUGUAUGAAGGACUUGACUGGCUAUCCAACCAGUUGUCCAAAACCUAAAGAAGGAUCGGCUGGACGGAUGAGAGAGAGACUAAACACCGCAGGACAGGAGAAGAAGGCACAGACAUUCAAUCCAGAAACAUUUGGUCUUCCAGCACCAAUGUUCACAAAAAGGACAAGGCUGGUGGACAAUAUAUAAUCAUCUUUGGGAAAUUUUAAUAUUACAUGUUUUUUUUUUCUUUUAUUAUCAAUAAUAUUACCAUAUUAUCUCUCGACAUAUUCUCUGUUUUUUUCUCCUUUUAUUCCGAAACUCUUACACGGCAACAAGUUGUAUUUACACAUUCAGUUGCAUGAUGAGCAAAUGGCCUAUUAGGGGAAUUUCAUGGAAACAAUGAAUAGAGUGAUGGGAGUUGUUUUUCCACCUAACACCUCUGCUCCUGUCCAGGCAGCAUUUGCAGUAAUCAACCACUUAUAUAAAUGUUGGACUUGCUUGUAGCCGUUGUCGAGCCUCAGUUGGGGGAUAUGAUAAUAAUACUAAAGAGCUUCGUUGAAGGACAACUAGGCUGCAUCAGGCUGUUCAUCUCCACAACCACUCGUGGAUAUUUGACUCCCUUGCAGACCUUACACUUCACUGCUAUGUCUCAUGCCCACUCAUUUCUGUAAAGGCCUGUGGCCCGUAGAAUGAGAUGGAUGAGGAUUGCGGUCGAUUUCACAGGUAGAUUUUGUUAGUAGUGUGGAACCACGUGGCCUCCCAGUAAAAUGGAUCCAAAAAAGGAACAUUGUGCCUUCUGGUCCCUCUUAACAGAAAUCAGAGUAAUCCUUUCCUUAUCUCAUUCUGAGGUCAUGCUCACUCAUAAGAUGCUUUAGUGACUUUUUUGCUUUUUGAAAGACAAAAUAAUGCAAUAAGACACUUCCUUUUGUUCUGUAAUGUGUGCUGAGGUGCAGCAGAACCACACCAAUGUGAGUGUAGAUUGCUUCUUUACAACUUGACUUCACUAUCAACUAGAUUUCAUCCAGUUUAUUCCUCUUCCUUCCUUUUUUUUUUAAUAGUCACCAUGAAAAUAAGGAUUUAAUCAAACUUUCUUCUGACACUCUAACUGAAAAUCUUUUUUACCCUAAAAGGAGGAAGGAAGCAUCUUUUCAGUGUUGACAUAAUGUUCAGUGUGACACAGUAAAGUAGCAUGUUUUUUGUUGUUUGAGUUUGUUGUACUGUCUGAAGGCAAAUACUGUAUUAUAUUCUUAAUUAUUCUACCCCUUCUUGAAACACAAAAACAGACCUGGCCAUCAGUUUAUUUUUGUGUAUACAUUCCAACCUAUGCUUGCAGAUGCUGGAGCUGCCACUCUUAAAAUUAUUCGCGAAAAAUAUUUUACAAAAAAAAAAAAGCUCUGAAUAAAGACGAUGUUAAAAACAAA